AUGUUCCAUCUAGCUCGCAGCGUCUACAAACACUGGAACCUAAGAGAACAGCAUGAUAUCCUCAUCCUGGGACUCGAUAAAUCCGGCAAAACCUCGUUCAUCGAAACUCUAAAAGCAUAUCUUCUAAAACCAUCUAAAGCAUUGGACAGAAUCCAACCGACCAUUGGCCAGAACGUCUCGUUUGUAUCGAUCGACUCGCAUCAUAUAUGGAAGAUUAUAGAUGUCUCGGGACAAGAGAGCUUCCGCUAUUUAUGGGACUCAUACUUCAACAAAGAAAACAUUCAUGCAGUCGUGUAUGUCGUGGACUCAUCGGAUCCAGACCGGCUACAGGAGUCUGUAGACGAACUUCGAGCGCGCUACCUGGCCAAUCCGCCCGCAGUGCAAAUCCCAAUAGCUAUAAUCAUCAACAGAGCCGACCUAUGUCUUGAUAUCUCGCUCUUCAUCGACAAGUUCACCGAAUUAAUGAUAGAUCUCGAUGUGAAGCGUUCUAACGUGUUCCAAAUCUCCUCAGAUCAGCCACAGGACCUCCAUGACUCGAUCCAAUGGUUGCGGACCCAAUUGGACGAGAACAAAGACGUUAUUUCUCCUUCUUACAGGUGA